AUGAGGAGGCCGUUAAAAGAUCGUCCGGACCGAAACCAAUAAAUCAUACUCAAAGCCACACACAGACUUUUAUCCGAAUUAAUGAACGGCACAUCACAUGCUGUUUCCAAAACCAAACACCUUCUCCUCGGCACCACCGUGGCCCAAUUCGACUCACUCCUCCACCACUUCGCCGCCACCAAGUCCCUCGCCACCACCAAGCUACUCCAUGCCCACAUCAUCACCUCCGGCGUCCUCUCCUCCCACCUCCUCUCUCACCUCACCAGAGCAUACGCCGCUUGCGGCCAUCUUUCUCAUGCCCGCAAACUGUUCGACGAAUUGCCUCAACCAACCUUACUUUUAUAUAACAUCAUGGUCAAAGCAUUCACACAGAACGGCUUAUCCCACGAGGCGCUCCAAUUCUUUGUUGAAAUGCUUGCAUUGGGUUGUCAUCGGCCUGAUAAAUUCACGUACCCUUUUGUUAUUAAGGCAUGUGGCGAUCUUUCGUUGCUUGAAUUGGGCUUUUCGGUUCAUGGUUUGACGGUGAUUUUGAGAAAAGCUGAUUUGCAUACGUUUUUGGGGAAUUCUUUGUUGGCAAUGUACAUGGAUUGCUGUGAGAAGGAGAUGGCCAGGAGGGUUUUUGAUAGUAUGCGGGAGAGAAGCGUGGUGUCUUGGAACACUAUGAUAAGUGGGUAUUAUCAGAAUGGGUGUGCUGAACAAGCUUUGAUGAUUUUCAAUGAAAUGGUGGAUAUAGGGGUGGAGCCAGACAAUGUCACCGUGGUUUCGGUGUUGCCUGCUUGUGGGUUUCUGAAGGACUUAAAGUGUGGAAGAUUAGUUCAUGAAUUGGUGGAAGAAAAUGGUUUAGGAAGCAAUAUAGCAGUGAGGAAUGCAUUGGUGGACAUGUAUGUGAAGUGUGGUAGUAUGAUUGAAGCACGAUUAGUUUUUGAUAAGAUGGGCGGGAGGGAUGUGGUGACAUGGACUACCAUGAUCAAUGGCUACAUUUUGAAUGGUGAUGCAAGAAGAGCUUUGAUGCUUUGCCCACUGAUGCAAUUAGAAGGUGUAAGGCCCAAUUCAGUAACUGUGGCUUCUCUUCUUUCGGCAUGUACCAAUUUGAAUUUUUUGAAUCACGGCAGGUGCUUGCAUGGGUGGGCUUUGAGACAAAAACUCGAAUCCGAUGUUUCUGUGGAAACUUCCUUGAUUGACAUGUAUGCAAAAUGCAAUGGCAUUAGAGUCAGCUUCAAAGUGUUUACAAAGACUUCAAGAAAAAGAACAGUCCCAUGGAAUGCAAUUCUCUCUGGUUUGAUUCACAAUUCGCUGGCAAGAGAAGCAAUUGAACUUUUCAAGGAAAUGCUAUUGGAAGCAGUGGACCCUAAUGCUGCAACCUUGAUUAGCCUCCUUCCUGCUUAUGCCAUGCUAGCAGAUUUGCAGCAAGCAAUGAACAUACAUGGUUACCUAAUAAGAUCCGGGUUUAUUUUAAAAGUAGAAGUUGCAAGUGGUUUGAUUGAUGUAUACUCUAAAUGUGGAAGUUUGGAGUUUGCUCACAAGAUCUUUAAUGGGAUUUCCAUGAAGGCCAAAGACAUUAUUUGUUGGGGUGCAAUAAUUGCCGGUUACGCAAUGCAUGGGAAUGGUGAGGUUGCUGUUUCUCUUUUCAAUCAAAUGGUUCAAUUGGGGGUGGAGCCAAAUGAAGUCACUUUUACUUCUGUUUUGCAUGCUUGCAGCCAUGGUGGUUUGGUGGAUGAGGGUUUAGGUUUGUUCAAAUUCAUGCUUGAAGUUCACCAAAUGACACCUCGCUCCAAUCACUACACUUGUAUUGUUGAUCUUCUUGGCCGUGCAGGUUGGCUGGAGGAAGCAUAUGAACUAAUUAAAACAAUGCCAUUCAAACCAAAUAAUGCUGUCUGGGGUGCAUUGCUUGGUGCUUGUGUUAUACAUGAGCAUGUUGAACUGGGAGAGCUGGCUGCAAAGUGGCUUUUUAAGAUAGAGCCAGAGAACACUGGAAAUUAUGUGUUAAUGGCUAAAAUUUAUGCUGCUGUGGGAAGAUGGAAAGAUGCAGAGAAAACAAGACGUAUGGUGAAUGAAAUCGGAUUAAGGAAAACACCAGCUCACAGUUUGAUUGAGGCCAGAAAUAUGUGAGGUUGGUUUAGUUGCUCUGGUGCUAAAACAUGAUUGAGUCAGCUUCAACUUGAGUACCCCUGAAUAUUACUUAGAAACAAAGAAAACGAAAUGGAAUAUCCUUGAGAAGUGAAAAGUUCCUACCAUACCUAACAUCUUUCACCAACUAGAAGAGUAGUUAAUUGUGUUAAUUGCAUAUAGUAAUGCUUGGGAAGUGGUGCUUGGAUCAUGCCUUAAUGCUCUUUGCUCUACCAUGUCCAGUAACUGCAUAAGGGGAGGCCAGUGUACGGAUUUCAAUUGUGAAUGCAAUCAAGGUAGAUUAAAUCAAUGGUGAAGCGGCAUCAGCAUCUUCCACCAUUGCAGAUGAAAUCAUUUGGAGAGCAUAAUCAUCAUUUGAAUAUUUGGUGCAGCAUGGAGGUCACAAAGGUGGUAUAGUUGCAUUUAGAGUUAAGAAGCUGUGCUGCGGCAUUGACUCGAGGGGCAUCCCAGGUCCUGCCUGUCAAACUCUGCUGAAAAUCCUGCAAUUUCUAACUCUGCUUUCUUGCACAAGGCUCUCUCCAAUCCUAUUUAUUUGCUGAAAAUACAUAUAGAAAAUGCUAUAGACCUCAAAUAAAUUAUUAAAUCUAUCACACAUACCCAUAUAAGAGGUUUGAUAAUUUAUUUAAUAAUUUAUUUGAGAUCCCUAAAAUAACUCAAUACUUAUUAAUGGUUCAUUGAAGUGCAUCAGUUCAUAAAUGCCUGACAAGCUUUCCGUAAAUCCUUUAAUGCAGCAGCUAGUGAUAAUCAACUCUUCAUUCAUUAGGCCUGACCUUCAGAUUGGUCUCUUCUAUAUUUUUGCCUCUUGAAUUGUGUUUUUUUAAUUUAUUUAUGAGGAUUGCCUCUUGAAUAGCUGGAAGAGUAUGAAACUCCAAACUUUGAAAAGAUUCAAAAGAGUAUUAUGAGUUUU